UGAUGUCCCUAACCGCUUGCCAGCACCCUUUGGCCCUGCAGAAGCAGCCACAUGCCAAUCUCUAAGUGCCCAAAAAAGUUGGAGCACCUGUGGAAGGAGUGGGACCAGAAAGCCCAGAAGAAUGGACUGAGGCACCAGGUGUAUGCUGUCAAUGGUGACCACUAUGUGGGCGAAUGGAUGGACAACAUGAAACAUGGGAAAGGAACACAGGUCUGGAAGAAGAAAGGAGCCAUCUAUGAGGGAGACUGGAAGUUUGGGAAGCGAGAUGGCUAUGGCACGCUCAGCCUUCCUGACCAAGAGACUGGAAAGUACCGAAGAGUCUACUCAGGCUGGUGGAAAGCAGAUAAGAAAUCUGGCUAUGGGAUCCAGUUUUUCGGACCCAAGGAGUAUUACGAGGGUGAGUGGUGUGGCAACCAGCGCAGCGGGUGGGGCCGCAUGUACUACAAGAACGGUGACAUCUACGAGGGCCAAUGGUGGAACGACCAGCCCAACGGGGAGGGCAUGUUGCGCCUGAAGAACGGGAACCGCUACGAGGGCUACUGGGAACGAGGCAUGAAGAACGGGUCUGGACGUUUCUUCCAUCUGGACCACGGGCAGCUGUUUGAAGGCUUCUGGGUGGAUGACGUGGCCAAGUGUGGCACAAUGAUUGACUUUGGCCGUGAUGAGGCCCCUGAGCCCACCCAAUUCCCCAUUCCUAAGAUCAAACUUCUGGAUCCUGAUGGUGUGCUGGAGGAAGCCUUGGCCACAUUCAAGAAGACAGAGGAAGAAGGAGAUUGAUGGCGGGUGAGGGGGUGGGCACAUCUACCACCCCGUGAUGUGGCUGAGGUACCUCCAGGGCCGCAGACAAUACCCAAAUCCCCUAGGGUCUCCAAAGGACCCGGGGGCAGGAGCAGAGAGGUCAGGUUUCUUGCCACCUACAGUCCAGUUGGUCUUUCUUGGUUCCUCCCCUUCAAAGCCUGUAUCACUGAAGACCAGCACAUUCCAGUCCUGCCCAGAACUUUCCAUGUAUACCCUGGGCUGACUGGGAUGAGCCGAGGUUGGAGCAAGGUGGUCUGCUGGGCCCUGAGAUCCUUGAGUAAGGUGGUUGCCCCUGGGCCUCUAUUUGUACAUCUGUCCACUGUACAUUCCCUGCACAAGGGGCCUAGUAUAGUCCUAGUCCCUUCUGGGGUGGGCAUGAGGGUUUG